CCGAGUUAGUUAGUCUUAGCAGUCCGGGGGGCCUCAGCUCUGCUCCCCCAGCAUUAUUGUAUGCCAGUCUAUCUAUUAGUGAAUUCACUAAUAAUAAGGUCCUCGUCGCUCUCCCUGCUCUGCUCUGCUGGUCUUUCUCUCUUCCUUUCUUUCUUUCAUCUAUCUAUCUAUCUAUCUAUCCGGUGUCGCUGACUUCUCUCCCUCCGUCUAUCGUCGUUUCCAUCCUCCUCCCCCAGCCCUCCUAGCUCCUCCCCUUGGAUCCAUAGCCGAUUCCACUGGCCCUGCUGCUGGUCCUUAGCCGUCACCGUUCUCCGAUCUCCCGAAUCCCAUAAAGCGACGAAGCCCCCUACAUCCCUUGGUCAGGGCCCCUUUCAGCGUUCCCAGUAUCCAGAGAUGUCCGCCGCUACCGCUCAGGCCGCCUCCGGCCACAAGAUCGAGAAGAAGCCCGUCAAGUUCAGCAAUCUGCUGCUGGGUGCGGGAUUGAACCUGUUCGAGGUUACCUCGCUGGGUCAGCCGCUGGAAGUGAUCAAGACAACCAUGGCCGCCAACCGUCAGGACAGCUUUGCGACGGCCAUCGGUCGGAUUUGGGGUCGUGGCGGGAUCUUCGGCUUUUACCAAGGUCUCAUUCCCUGGGCCUGGAUUGAGGCCUCCACCAAGGGCGCCGUUCUGCUGUUCGUCGCGUCCGAGGCGGAAUACGUCGCAAAGACGUUUGGCGCUGGCGACUUCGUCGCUGGUAUCUCGGCCGGUAUGACCGGUGGUGUCGCCCAGGCGUAUGCCACCAUGGGUUUCUGCACCUGCAUGAAGACGGUCGAGAUCACCAAGCACAAGAUGGCUGCGGCGGGUGUCAAGCCCCCCAGCACUUUUGCUACGUUUAUGGACAUCUACCGCAAGGAAGGUAUCCGCGGUAUCAACCGUGGUGUCAACGCUGUGGCCAUCCGUCAGACGACCAACUGGGGUUCCCGCUUCGGUCUGUCCCGUCUGGCGGAGACCGCUAUCCGCAACGUCACUGGCAAGGACGAGAAGCAGAAUCUCAAUGCGUUCGAGAAGAUCCUCGCGUCGGGUCUGGGAGGUGGUCUGUCCGCCUGGAACCAGCCGAUCGAGGUCAUCCGUGUGGAGAUGCAGAGCAAGAAGGAAGAUCCCAACCGCCCCAAGAACCUGACCGUCGGCAAGACCCUGAAGUACAUCUACGAGAGCAACGGUCUGAAGGGUCUAUACCGGGGAGUCACUCCUCGAAUCGGCCUGGGUAUCUGGCAGACUGUGUGCAUGGUUGCUCUGGGUGACAUGGCCAAGGAAGCAGUCGAAAAACUGACUGGCGACAAAGUCACCGCGAAGCAUUAGAAGAGGGUUGAGAUGCCUUUUUCCAUGUUGGAAGCGAGUAUUGCCGGGUAGAUCUUUUGCCGUCUUGACCGGUACGAAUUGUAGGAGUCGGGACAGAAUAUUAAUAAGGAACCGAUUUGCACAAAAGCUGAUUACGCCAAACCUUUCAUUGUUGAGUUCUCUCGUGUUAGACGUAUUAUUAUGGUAUAGAGUAUUAUGCAGUAUCUACAUGUUCAAACAUGCCAGUUAGCCGACUAUUAUGCGAAUACUAUCAUACGCUGUUACAUCACUAUAGUAAACAUGAAGUAUUUUUGUAACUAAACACACUCGAAAUGC